UCCGGCUGGAGCGCGGAGAGUCCCGGAUGUUGGCUUGGCCGCCGAACGAGAGGCGAAUCGGGUAGAAGGCAGGCUGAGAGAGAGAAAGGGACGCCACGGCACCGCAGGCACACCGGCGAACCUUUGCCCGGGACGACACGCGUUCUAGCGCACGGGGGACGCUCUCGGGGACCCUGCCGGGACACAGGAGGCGGACGGCGGUGGAAGGCGGGAGCAGUUAAGUGCGAAACUACCGCGAGGAUUACGGAGACCACCGUCAACAUCAGCUCCCUCUCCAAACAGAAGACUGGCGAACGGAGGUAGAACGCGACAGCGGGUGUGGAGGUAGAGGAGAAUAUGACUCGCCUUGGAGAACACAUCAUGCUGAUGUCCUGAUCUGAGGGCCCAGAUCCACUCUGUCAUCCCCACCCGCUCCUCUCCCCACCAGUUCUUCAAGCUCUAAGAGGUCACCGGUUUACCUCCAGGCUUUCGGGUUCAGUCUCCCCCGUCCCCCCACCCUGCUGCCCGGCCUGUCGUCAUCAUGACGUCGGAGCUGGAAAGUAGCCUGACCUCCAUGGAUUGGCUCCCUCAACUCACCAUGCAGGCAGCCAUCCGCAAGGCCGACGGCCAGCACGGCCACGGGCCAGGCAUAGGCAAGAAGAGUGCCCUGCUGGAUCCCAACACCACUCUGGACCAGGAGGAAGUACAGCAGCACAAAGACGGCAAGCCGCCGUACAGCUACGCCAGCCUCAUCACGUUCGCCAUCAACAGUUCGCCAAAGAAGAAGAUGACACUGAGCGAGAUCUACCAGUGGAUCUGUGAUAACUUUCCCUACUACAGAGAGGCGGGAAGUGGCUGGAAGAACUCGAUACGGCACAAUCUGUCAUUGAACAAGUGUUUUCUCAAAGUGCCUCGCUCCAAAGAUGACCCGGGAAAGGGCUCUUACUGGGCCAUUGACACCAACCCAAAGGAGGACGCCUUGCCAACGCGACCCAAGAAGAGGCCGCGGUCUGGAGAACGGGCUUCUACGCCGUACAGCCUGGAGUCAGAGUCUUUGGGGAUGGAGUGUAUGAUCUCUGGAAGUGCCUCUCCAACGCUGGCAAUCAACACUGUGACUAACAAGGUGGCGCUCUACAACACGGACCAGGAAGGGAGCGACAGUCCGAGAAGCAGCCUUAACAACAGCCUGUCCGAUCAGAGCCUGGCCUCCGUCAAUCUCAACAGUGUGGGCAGCGUGCACAGCUACACGCCGCAGGUGACCAGUCACCCCGAACCCGUGUCCCAGUCUCUGAGCCUCCAGCAGCCCCAGUCCCAGUACAACAUGCCCGACAGGGACAAGCAGCUCAUGUUCUCUGAAUUUGAAGAUCUCAGUGCCUCCUUCCGCAGCCUUUACAAGUCCGUCUUUGAGCAGUCCUUCAGCCAACAAGGUUUGAUGGGAAUCCCAUCAGACGCGUCGCAGCAGACCCACACAUCCUGCUCCUAUCAGCACUCUCCCGGAGGUGCCAUCAACACGCAGAAUAACCUGUCCAACAACCAGCCCAACAGCCACUCCAACAACAGCGGCCAGGUGCCCCUCUCCCACCCGGCCCAAGCCCACCCCGGACACGGCUCCCCGCACGCGCAGCACCUCCCACCGCAUGCCGGCUCCCACAACCAGCACCCGCAGCACGGCCCCCACCCGCAGCACGGACAGCACCCGCAGCAACACCCGCAGCAGCACCCUCAGCAACACCCGCAGCAGCACCCUCAGCAGCACACGCCGCAUCCCGCCCAACACGCGCAACACGGCCAACACCCGCAACAGCAUCAGAGCCUCUCCCACCAGCCGCAUCCCGCCCAGCAGCAGAUGGGCUGCAAUCCAGGUUUACUUUCUGACUGGUACCCUAAUCUGGACGCACUGAAAGAAAGCUGCCGCAUUGCCAGCAGUUAUAACUGGGCAGAUGUGGACCUGUCACCUUUCCAAGGAUUACGAGAGAGUAUGAGACAGGCAGAGUUGAACAACUGGUCGCUGGAGCCUACGCAGAUCGCCGACCUGUGCUCGUCCAUCAAUCAGUUCUUCGCCCGCACCGGCGUCAUCCAGCCACAGGGAACGGUGCCGCCGGCCGUCUGCCACGCGGCCAUGCACCCAAACAAACCCAGCCAGCACCUCGGCACAGGAAAUCUCUACAUGGACUCCAGACAGAGCAUGUCCAUGAUGGGCCCCCCGGGGUAUCCUCACAUGCCCCCGAUGAGCAGCGCUGGCCCCGCUAUGACUGGACACCACGCUCAGAUGAACCAGCAGCACAUGAUGCCCAACAGAAACUUCCAGAUGCAUCGCAUGGCGGCUGAUGACAUCCAGGAUGAUUUCGACUGGGACUCCAUUGUGUAGCCUCCUCCUCCUCUUAUUUUUUUUGUUGUUGUUUUUUUUUUUUUUUGCUAACAAAAGAAGAGGCAGGAGGAGGUGGAAGCCAGAGGAAAGCAGGCCGGGCUAAAAAAGGCCCCAGGAGGGGCAGAAAAUGGAGGAAAUGAAUGCCCCCUGACCCACCCACACCCCUUGAUUCCUCCUUUUAAGGUGGGCGAACAUUAGACGGGCUGCCCCGAGACCUUUUUUUUUCAUAACCAGAAAAAGACAAUCAUAUUACCAGGACAGGAUCAAGCCCGCAUCCCUUUCCCUUACCAUCCUAACCAGCGGCCUUCCAAAAAUGCCCCCUACCCGUUUCGCUCCACUUUUAGCCACUCCACCACUGUUCUGUGAUUUGAGCUUGUGAUUCUUCUUCUCGUGUUGGCGUCAGCUGCCUCGUGGAUGAGUUUAGCUCUCUCUUUUUUAUUCAUCUUUUUAUUCUUUUGUAAAAGACACGCAGGCCGCCUCUGGGAGUCAUGUGAUUUGCGCGCUCGACGGUGGAAGAGGGCCCCCUUGUGGAUGGAGGUGAUGUUUGCAUUUUGAACAGGGUGUUUAAAAAAAAAAAAAAAAAAAAAGGUCUGUAGGCCUGUUAACGAUAUAAAAGCCAAGCAAAUGAGUGUUUGGGACAAAUGGGGGAUAAAAAGGUAAAAUUAAUGGUGAAAAAGUCAUCAUAUUGUUGCAAAAGUUUAUUUUUUUAUUUUAAUUUAAGUUAAUAGGAUGAGUGUGACAGCAGCAGGAUACCAAAUGUUGAUUUUGUCUUGAAAUGUGUGAGAAAAUUUGCGUCCAUGUCAUUUUAUUCAAUAAUUUCGAGCAAUGUUUCCCAACAUAUAUUGAGCUAAUGCACGUAUUUCAACUAACUUAACUCAUUCACUGCCACUGACCAUAAUAGACAUCAAAUUAAUUUUCAUUGGGAUGCCUGGCAUUGCUUGAUCAUGUUCCAGUGCCUUUGAUGGCGAUAGAUGUCAAAUCUGUUUGAAGUGGAUGUCCACUUUAAAUGGAAUGGACAUCUUCUAGUAUAAAAACUAAUCUCAAAUCAUUGAAUCCAUUUGACACAUUUGCCGUCAAUGGUACCGAAUAAGUUGAAAUAAAGAUAAUUUUGCAAUGGCACUUAAGUUAUAAUUCUAAUUUUGAUUAAAAGUUUUGCUGUAAGCAGAACAUUUUUUUGUGGAAAAGCACAGAAAAAAAAAAAGAAAACAGGGUGAUCGGCAGUUCUGGAAACUUCCAUAUUAGACGUGUGAUUAAAAUGCAACACAUGCAAAUACUUAAACACUUAGUUAUAUGUGUCAUUGUAAUGACAAUUUGGGUGUGGCUUUAUUUUAGGGAUGGGCACGUGACUGCAUUUUCUGAAGAGCUAAUAUAAUAACAAUUAUUAGCUUUCUUGAGAAAAAAAUGUUUAAUCACUGCAAACGACAUUUAACAAAUGCAACAAUCGAUUCCACGUCACUGAAGUUUUAACCAUUGAUCAAUGAACUCAUCGGUCAUUAUGCCAUGAUUUCACUUUUGGGAAUUGCGCAACAUAUCAUUUUGUGUGUACAAAAAGACAUUUCCCAUAGGAGUUAACUAGCCACGCAUGAAAUUUAUUGAUUUGUUUUAUGAAAUGUUUGGUUCCAAUAUGCUGAACUAUUCCUUUAACAAGUGACUAUUUUUAGGAAUCACAAAAAUUAACCCCCUAAAGAUCUGGUGUCCACAAUUGUGGACUUCCCAUUGUAGGUCUUGUAGGCCACAAUAUUAACAUUUGGUAUACAAGUGUGGCCUACCUGACCCAAAAUGUGAUGACCACUUAAAAUACCGGUAUGUGGACGCCAUGUCUCAAUAAAUACAGUAUAUUAUUUUUUGACCGCCCAAAGGGAGGUUUCAAAAAGUCGCCUGCUUUGUUUUUGUUGAGGACACAAACUGAAAAUGCUACUUCUCCAUUAUUCGUGGAUAAAUCGGAAAGAAAUGUUGCAUGAAUAUUCGGUUACAUUUUAUUUGAAUGCUUCUUAUGACAGUGAAUACAUUUACAUGGUCAGAAUUUCCUUAAUCCGAACAGUAUUCGGAUUAAAAUUAUGAUCGGAUGUACUGUUUUCAUGGACACUAAAAAUAUUAGGACUUGCUAGUUUAUGCAUGAGAAAUUCAGUCAGAACAAAUUAUUUAACGUGUGCAGUAAGAGUGGGAACCUCUUGGUACCUCACGAUAUGAUACGAUUUGUGCUACGAAGCUCACGAUAACAAUGAUCUAACGAUAUGGCGACACAACGAUUAUCGAUACAUUGGUCAGGAAAUCAUUCUAGUAUAUUCUACAAAGAAUUAAUAAACAGAAAAACAAGCUUCUGCUGUGAAUUGGAAUGAGUUUAUCACUAGUAGACGUCCAAUCCAUUUGAACUGGGUGGGUGGCAGCGAAUGAACAUUUGUUCAUUCGCUGUCAUCCCUCCCACUUCAAACAGAUUGAACGUCUAUGGCUGUCAGUGGCAGCCAACACCAGGCAAUGAGGUCAUUUUGGGUAAUUUAAGUUCAUUUACCUGUUGAUUUCCAGUAACUUCCUGUUGAUUUGCGGGUAUUUUAUGGGUCACUCCUGUUUAUUUUCGAGUUUCAGAACAGGAAGUGACCUGAGAAUCACCCAAAUGAAUAGGCAGUGACUUAAACUCAACAGGAAAUGACCUGUAAAUGUCUUAAAAUGAACAGUAAGUGACCUGUAAAUGUCCCGAAAAUCGGAACGAAUGACUGUGAAUGCUCUGGUUUUGAAUGAAUGAACGUUACCAGUCUAAAUGGAUUGGACGUCGAGCACCGUCACUGGCAGCCUUAGUUAACUGAGACACUAUUAUGAUGGAAGAUUUUGGUAGCAACUUGUUCAUUUUUAUUUUUAUUUUAUUUUAGACAUUGACACCUUUAUAAAACGAUAUCUCGAUUCUUGACAGGAGCAUAUCGAUAACCUUUUGGGAUACAAAGUAUCACGAUAUAUCACCAUUUCGAUAUUUUGUCAGACGCCUAGUGUACAGAUUAAUACUGCUUUCAUGAGUGUCGUAAAUAUGGUUAGAAGCUUAGUUUAUUUACAAUUUAUUGUCAAUUGGCACGUUUUUUGAAGCCAUCAUAACAACAUAGCGUACACAUCUAUGAAAACAUUAUUUUUUAAGCAAGUGUUACCUAAAAUGUAAUUACAAACAAAAGCUUAAUGUGUGCAUUUUGAUGCAUUUUCUUGUGUUGGAUGAUUUAGUAGGUCUAAAACAGUUUUUUUUUUUUUUUUUUACACGCAACAAACCAAAAUGAACUUCAUGUCUGGUAUGUUUUAGCUAUGACAAAAAAAAAGCACAUGUACAGGAAGUAUUUGUAAUUACCAAUGCGUCAAUGUUCAUCUUCCCAUAGCAUGUGAAGGCAGCAUGACCAAAUAUAACGGAAAAAGUAGUUAAAGAAGAAGAGGACGCGGUACUGACAUGACAUGAAAUGUUAGUGUUAUUUCAUGUAUUUUUCCUAUUUUUCAACUAUCAAGUCUUUCAAAAAUUUUAAGAUAAAUUAAUAUCUCCAGCAAUGUGUUCACCUCAGAUACAGACCAGCACAGGACAGUUUGUUCCAAAAUUUUGGAAUAAAGUGUUUUCAUGCAUGUCAAUCAGAUUAUCAAUCGUCAUAAACCAUCCCUCUCUUUCGGAAAAGAAUAUUAAUCGGAAUAAACUGGAUUGGGUUACAAUAUUCAGAAUGGGAUGUGUACAGGAAUCAUUUUUAUUCCGGUUAGGCUUUUAAUCCGAAUUUAAGUGGCAAUGUAAACAUGUCAAGUGUCAUAAUAAUGAUAUGACACCUGUCUUGAACAUGAAUGAAUGUUUAUGACAGGCCAAUAAUUGUCACUUACUGAUUCUUUCAUAUUAAUUGCAGGUAAUGACACAGUCAUAAGAAGCUUUCAAUUUAAAUGUAGUCGUAUAUUCUUGGGACGUAUACGCAUCAAUCCUUAAAGCCCGAUUUUUUUCGAAUUUGUUUCAUUUUUUCGUUUCUAAUUUGAUUAAUUACGGGGACUUAUUGUUGCCUGUAGGUUCAGAGUUAGCCAGUACAGGGCAUGUUCGGUUGUGCUUUUCAUGUUUCUAAACUAAUGAGAUCUUUUGUGAUUGACCCGGGAUCCGGGUCGUAGUUCAUUUUGAACUUGUUUUGUUCGUCAUAAUUUUUAAAUGUAUUUUUUAAUGAAAAAAAAAACUAAUUUAUUAAAAUGUUUAUUAAAAACUAAAUUAGUCUAAUUAAAAUAAAAGCAGAAAUACACUCUGGUUAUGGGCCCUAAUAACACUCUAAAAUUGAUUAUUUUAUUUCCCUUUCUUAAUUUCAUUGUGAUUUCAUUGUCUUCCAUUGACAAUGAAAGAUGCUUAAUUCACUUGAACUGUGAGGACUUGCUGUGAAUGCUUAUCUUACAUUGAAUGAUCACUGCCAACCCUCCCAUCCAAAAUGGAUUGGGCGUCUAGCGCUGUCUAUUGCUUUUAAUGAGUUAAACGAGGGCCCUAUAAAGGGUUAAACCCUGGAAAGUGAAAUCAGAAAUUGUCAUUUAAGGGUACAGUUUUUGACAAUCAUUUUUUAAAGUGCUAAGUGUGCAAAUUGAAAUUCCCCUUUUUUUUUUUUUUUGUAGCCAAGCUCAUAGCUGACAACGUGAUGAGUGCACUCCCAAUUUGCACCCACGACUAACCAAUCCAAUCAAUAGACACUUAUGCCCAUCCCGAUUGUAGAAGUAUACGGAGGUCAAGUUUGUUUCAAGUCUUCCAGGUGAAGAUGGAAAACAACUUGGAUGUGGCUUUAAAAAAAAAGGGACAAAGUUAAGAAAAAAUGACUGGAUCACUUUCUUUUGUUACUUGAGAGACUGCGUGUGAGAGAGUGAUAAAAAAAAAAAAACAUUAAAAAAAAACAUUUUAAAAAAUGGAGCGGGAUGUAAAGGUUGUUUUUACCUGCCGCAGAGAUUAUUUGGGAGAUUUUAAAACAUUUUGAAUGAGGAAAAACAGAAAAAAUCCCGGUCGGAGUUGUUUUUCAAGAGCAGCCAUCAUCAAUGAAUGGUCGUUUCCUUCAGUGCUGGUGUGUCGUCGUGCUUUGUACAUAUUUGUCUUUUCAAUCACACCCCGCCCUCUUUUUUUCCUCUCUCUGGGGGCCGGGGGAGUUCACGAAAUAGACGAGGGAGGCGAAAGAAUAUUUUGUUAUCGUCCGUUCAGAGGGUGACAGUAUGUAUAUAUCUAUAUUGUAUAUAUGUGAUGAAAAUGCAUUGGCUUUUUUUUUUUUUUUUUUUGGUGUGUGUGACACUACCUUUUACCUGUACUAUGUUUCUACAUUCAGUGUUUCAGUGUUGAUAAUAUAUAUUUGGUUUGUGUUUCAUUGUUUUAUUUUUUCGUCUUUGUCAUUUUUGUUUUCCUCCUGUUUCCCCCCUUUUUUUUAAAUUUUAAAUUGCACGAUUUAUUAUUUUUGCUGUCCGAUGAGGUGACACAGCUACUCUUUGUAUUCGUUUAGUGCUGUAAAGUGUUAUUAGAAUUGUCAAUACCACCUGAACCCAUACCUAAGCCCUCUCCUUGCCCAAUAUGCAUGAAUGGCACUUAAAAGAAAUAAAAUAUGGUAACUUCACUGUGGAA